AUGGCUUACAAUAAGUUUGAAGAAUCGGACAAAGAAUUCAUGGACGGCUCCAAGUGUGCGUUUAAUGUUCAGGAAGAGGUCAAUAAUAUUAAAAGAGAAUCUGAAGACAAGAUUCAAAAAGUAGGAGUGUAUAUGGAUUUAAUAAAGUUUACAUUUUUAGAGGCCCAAUUUUCAGUAUCU